GUUGUAUUGUUUGCAGCUUGCCAUUGAAGCAACAAAAAACUAACAACUUGUCUGACAAAGUAACAUAUCAUCAGCCCUGACAUGCAGAUAGACAAGCUGACAACAGAAAUAAAUUAUACAACAGAAACAGCCUGAACAGAAACAAUGAUUAUAGCGCUCAUCUUCUGUUGUAGUAAACUACAAAUUCCUGCCAAUCUGACAAAUGGUUCAAGCAGUAAGAAUGAAGAACAGAAUGCUGAAACAUCUGCACAAGCUCAGAGCAGUUCGAGGUAAUUAUUAAUAUUUACCCUAGACAUUGUUAGUUUUCUAGUGAUUACAUGGAAAGUAGAACAAAUAUAAGAAACUUUAGUAAGAUGCAGAAAAUGUGGUCAUGCGCACGUCUGUUUAUUUCUAACUGCGUUUUACAUCGUUGCCAAAAAAAACUUUUCCUAUGAGCUAAACCGCAAUGGCAAAUUGACUAACGUCAGGCAAAGCUUGCAAACAGCAAGACACUGAAAAGUAACAACGCUGUUUGUAUAUAGCAAGUGUCAAAGUUCAAUUUUCCUGUUUGCCGAUUGGUCAAAACCGUAUCACGUGCCGAUCCACAAAACGUCAUGUUCACUGCAUGCUUUGGCUGGUCAACAAUGAAACAAUUAUUGAUCGGUCAAUAAUAAAACCUGAAGUGAAGCGCGAGUUGUUCGCGUCAACCAGCAAGUUUAAAGCGAAGUUUUUCAACGGUUUUAUUACAGUUUCGGAGUACCAGGUUGAAAUUUUCUAUAUAAUAAAACACUUAUUUACUACUGAGACCUCGGGAAAACAGCGUCUUUUGUGGCCUCUCUGCCGGUCUCGGGGCCACAAAACACGCUGACAAAGAGACACUAAGUAGUAACUAUAUCCUAAAGCACCAACAUGCGGGAAAAGGGAGAAGUGAUAAAGACUUAGCUAGCAAUGCGAAGCGCAAUGUAUUUCUGAUAAUACGUGACGUUGGAGAUCGUAGACAUGAUACAUUUGCUGUUAACUUCGCUUAAAUCUACGUUUUAUCACAUUAAAUGUUUCGUCUUUGUAGUGAAAAGGAAGAAGUGGUAACGCCAGCGUUAAAGUUAUGGCGAGAAACUGUGUCAGCAUGCCGUACACCUGCUCAAUUAUACAUGUGUUUGACAUUGUUAACUGAUUGUAUUGCCUGGGAGAAAUCAAUUAUGAAAGUUGUAAGUUUAAUUUUUUUAAUAUUUGCAUGUUCCACUUCCACUAGAAUGAGUGCCCGGAUAGUAUGGUCUGCACAGAGCACAUGACUCCUAUAGGUCCAUAACUAUGCAUGGAAGUCCUUAAAUUUUCAUCGUACCAAAUGAAGUUACAGUAUAAAAUGAAGUCCUGGAACGUCUUCUCCGCUCUCUUUGGUUGUGAAGAAUUGUGGAAAUACAACGUUUAUUUAUUUUGUAUAGCUUUUGAUCCCGUAAGGUACCCCGGAUAGUCAUCAGUGAAAAUAAUAUAUUAUCUCUGUAGUUCUGCCAGAUGUGCCGUAAAGGAGACAAUGAAGAACUUCUAUUACUUUGUGAUGGAUGUGAUCGUGGUUACCACACGUAUUGCUGUCAGGUAGAGAAAUAUUACUGUGCAUGAACAACAGGGACGUUGGGGGAGGGCAGGAGGGGCAGUUCUGUUACGUGAUCUUAUUGUAAUGAUAAUCAAUGCAUUAUUGAAAGGUCUAUUAAUAUAAUAAACUUCGUGUAGAAAUAAGCAUUAGAAUUCCAAUUCAGGUACCUUGACAGCCCACAACUCCAGAUGCUUCGCAACGUUCCUUAGUAUAUUGUAUAUUGCGCCCCUUUGCGCCCCUGAUGAAAAAGACCAUAUAAGGACUUGUCGUUGAGUUUGAGGUGUUCAGUUCAUACUGUACGCUUCAAGAAAUUGAAUCUUUGUUUUUAUCACUUUCAGCCAAAGCUCGAUACUAUUCCUCAAGGUGACUGGUACUGUACAGAUUGUAUUAUUAUGGUGAGUUGAGCAAACGUCAUAUUUUUUCAGAUAUGGUUGAGUCCUUUUAAUGUCAUUUUAUACAUGCCUCGAUCGAUCCGGCAUGAUCUCUCUCUUUCCCCCAGUAAACCCACCUCUGGGUUAAUUUCUGUUAACUUUUUUUACCAUGACUGUAUAAUGUUUCAGGCGACAGGUAAAAGCUGUUGUUUCAUGUGUCGUGGAACACAAGAACGACUUCUACGUUGCACACAAUGUCCAAGGAACUAUCAUCCACAGUGUGUGGAUCCACCACUUGCCAAGUAAGCUUUUUGAUAAGAAUAUUUUAUGCAACGUGUUUUUGCUCGUUGGCAUUGUGAACAUUUUCAUUUUAAUCAAUGCUGAAACUCUAAUAAAACCUCUAGUAGAUUUAUCCUGAAUAGCUCUAUCAGUUCAGAACUAUUUUCGCUAGAGGUCCAUUAAGUGUCAUUCUUCUCUUGUUGAUCCAGUGUUACUACGCUUCGAAACUGGAGUACCUGGUGUACUGAGUUAGAUCACGCAGAAAUUUAUACCUCUGGGGCCGGUUUUUCAAAGCUGGGGUUAGCACUAACCCUGGGUUAAAAUUUAACCUGUUUUAGUUUAUGUAUUUCUGCACGUCUGUUUAUUUCAAAAUUUCAGAGAAGUAAACUCCUAUCGAUCCAGACAAGGUCUCUGAAGAAACAUUUGCAAAUUUUUAGACAAGCUGUCAUGAAGUUUGCUUUGAAUUUUAGGUUAACCAAGGGUUAAGUUAAUCCAGCUUUGAACAACCGGCGCCUGGUCAACGGAAUAGCAGAAUUUAUGAGCUAACAACCAUGCCAGCUAUACACCCUUUUAGAAGCAGUCCUCUGGGGGAUACUUUUGUGAUAAUGUUCUCUUUCCCGUCCAAAAACACCCACUCAGUCCCCUUGGUAGUACCAAUACUACAAGUCUACAACCCACAGACCUUUGCUGGUUUCGUAUAGGUUAAUGGAGUAAGCGCGUCACUUCAUAUCUCACUUUAUACCCUGUAAUUUUCUUUAGAAUUCCUCGUUGCUGGUCCUGUCCCAACUGUAAAAAGGUCAAGGUAAGUUUCUUUGUACCGUGAUCUGGAUAGGCUUAUCCAUAAAUCAGAUAGAUUCGAAAUGUACAAAUUAUCAUUAUUGGGUCGUGUUAUACUAGAGACAGAUGAUCCGUCUGGAUGAACUUAGCCUGGACAAACUUAGGCAAAGAAAAGAUAAUUCGUCUGAAUUCGUCCUUGUAUGAAGCAAACAGACAGAUCAUCUGUCAAGUCAAAUUAUCUGCGUACUUGGACUUGACUUGUUUGGACGGAUCAUCCGUCGUGUCGUGUUUAACUUUAUACUAAAAUGAUCUAGCCUGCGCGCAGUCCCAGACUCCCUACUUCCUUUGGGAGUCUGGGACUGCGCGCAGGCUAAAGAUGAUCUGUCUCUAGCAUAAAUCAGGCCAUUCUGUAUAAAUGUAUAAUGUCGGGAUGACGUUUAUUUUAUAUUUGCUGAAACUAUCAAUUGGUAAAGGGUUCUUACUAACUGUCUACUGUAUUGGAUGAAUAUUUCAGUCGAAAUCCCGCAGUCGUGCGUCUACAACCAGCCGUAAAAGAAAGAAACAGAUGCAAGCAGAGAGCGAAGGUAUUGACGAGAAAUCCCUCUCUGCCCUGACAGAUGAGUCCAGACAACAUCUGAGCAGAAAACAAUGUUCAAAAGAUAUGGCGCCAUGUCGAAGUUUGCUUGCUGAAAUGGAGAAACGUGAAGAUGCCUGGCCAUUCUUAGUUCCUGUUAACCCAAAACAGGUACGCAAAGUUCUUUUAAAAUUUUUUUUCGUAGUUACAGAUUUCGGCUCGGAACUUAAUCGAGAUGAGACCGCGCAAGACCAAUAUAAAGCGUUUUAAGCGUUGAUAAAAGUUCCUCGUUAGUACCAAUAGUUCUGCGAAUAAAUCCCAGCAUCUUGUUGGCUUUAGUGACUUGGGAAAAAAUGUGCUCAUUAAAGCGAACCUCAUCAGUUGUAAGUAGUCCAAGGUCAUUCUGAGCUUCAACUGUUGCUACCAAUAUGUAAAAAUAUUAAAUGUAUCAUGCGCGAUGCACAUUAAAAACGAUGUGCUAGCCGAGCUUUUAUCUUUUCGAGGUGUAUUAAAAUUAUUAGGGUAGUAAUAUUAUUAGGUGGUAAUAUUAUUCCAUGAUAUAGGGUUUAUUACUUUACUUCAUUACCACAGUAUCAGAACAGCGAUACGGUGCUGAUUUCAUUUAUGUUUUACUCUUAUCAUUGGUAGUUUCCUGAGUACUAUACCAUAAUCCUAUCUCCAAUGGAUUUCCACACGAUGAAGGUCAAGUUACGAGAUUUUCAGUAAGUUGCCGUUACUCAUUCUGAUUCAAUUCACUUUAGCUUGUGAACGUCUGCGAAAAUUCGUAAUUGAUCCCAAUCAUUUUUAGGUAUAUAUCCCGAGAAGACUUUGCAGGAGAUUGUCGUCUCGUGUUUGAUAACUGUAAUCACUAUAACGAAGAUGACUCCGAAGUAAGUAUGAUUUUGUUGCCGUUUGUAGAUUGAUGUUAAACAAGAACAGAGCUGAUAAGCAUGGAUUAGAGCUGUAUAUAUGGGUAGUUUAAUCAUUUUUGUUGCGUCCUGAUAUUUCUAGGUUGGUCAAGCAGGCAAACGAUUGAGGAAGUUCUUUGAGAAACGUUGGCAAGAAAUAAUUCGAGAUUGCGAAUAGGCAGAAGGUAUUGUUUUCAAAUCAAUAAAUUGAUUUACUGUCGUUCCAAUUGAAGUGUUGCUGAAAUAUUGAUUCAAUACAUUACCUCGGGCUGACCAAUUCAUUUGAUCAAGUUCCUCGAAAUAUUCAUACACUUCCUGUGAAAGAGCCAAUUCCAAGUAUUUGAUCAUUUCUGGUCACUUCCUUUCUAUUUAUGAUUGGUUAGUUGCACAAACAACAAAGGUGAUUGGUGCAUUCAAACUAUUCAACAGGAAGUUUACAAUUAUACUAGGAAGUGUAUGAAUAUCUCGAGGAACUUGAUCAAAUGAAUUGGUCAGCCCGAGGUAAUGUAUUGAAUCAAUAUUUCAGCAACACUUCAAUUGGAACGACAGUAAGUUCAUUUACAUGAUACCGUGUAUACCUCUUUGAUUUGUUCAUCCAUGUCAACUGACCAGAACUCGCAGCAUUGACUCACUUUCUCAUAAACUUUCUUUUGAAGUUUGUCCAAAUCCUGUAGUAAAUUAUUAUGGUGGUUUAAAUCUUUUCGUUAUCAGACCAUUUGAUCUAGAAAAAUAAUGCGUUUUUCCUGAAUUAAAUCGUGACUAAUUUCCAUACGUGAAAAACUUAGAAUAUCAAACCUCUCCUCCCGGGUCGUAUAAACUCUCUUUGUUACAGAUUCAUUCGUUGCUUUCUAGGUGAUGAAAAAACAAGAAGUCGAAGCUUGUGCGUCUAACGUUACAUGGAGGUGCUGUCCGCUUUCAUCGCACCAAGGGGUUUCGUUCGAAGAAUAGACAAAGGCAUUUUUAAAAUGGACCGUUGUACUAUCAUGUAAAUAUGUGUCAUUUCUUGAUGUUUUCUACUUUCAAAAACUGCUAAAGCAAUAGUCUAAUAGUCGAAACAGCCUAAUUAGUAGUGUUGGGUUUUCAGUAAGUGUUGCGGCCCGCAGGUGAUGGUCAACUCAUGAAGAGUGGACUCAAUGUCCAUUUAUUUGACUUUAUCUCAGUGGACUCCAAUUUGGGUACUGUACACGACUACUGCAUAUGUCGACUACGUCAUCGCCGCCAUGUUGGAUGAAUUUGGCAAAGAUUUGCAAUUCCAAUUUCAUCCAACAUGGCGAAAAUCUGUUUGUACUUUGUAUCCCCUGAGAUUGAUUACCAACCACCUAUAAUGAAAAUAAUUAAGAUUUUCUCACUCUGAUAUUGCCGGUUGAUCUACGCUAUUUGCUGCGCGAUAGUGCUUGGUGAAACCCACUUAUUAAGAACGGAAAUUUGUCUAAGAUAGUAAUCGUUGUGACAAAAUUCCAUCUUUAGACAAAAUAUAUACCCAAAUUAGUCGAGGCAAGAUCGGUUGCAAGCAUUUGCAGUGAGCUUACUAAACAGUUUAAUUUCAUCGUUGUAUAUAAACAUGCGAAUGAAAAGCCUUUCCCUGUAAAUGGCUGGAAAUUGAAUUCAGAGAAAACAAAGACAUACAAGUUGUCUUUUAGCUUUGGAAAAGAAAGACUUUUAUGUAAAGUUAAAUAUUUAAUGAAAUGGAAUAUUUGGCAUGUAUUUUACUUGCAAUUGAUAAUGUACAUAUAACACUUUGUAGCAACUAUGUAAAUGAAUUUUUAAAUGUGUGAAUCUUGUAAUACUUUAGUGAUUAAAAUGAAUGAUUUUGUGAUUUUAAACAAUUUCUGUACGUCAAUUUAUAAAUUCCUAUUGAUUUUAUUGAUUAAAAUAUUUGUGG